CAACAGGAUAGUGAUUUGAGCACGGUACCCUUAAAGUGCUAUUGUAUAAAAUAUGAAGGGAAUAUUUUUUGGAAGCACCUAUAUUACGAUGCUCUUUACUACUGUCUCUUCUAUUUGGCAUGGGCGGCACACAUAUACACAAUUCCCGAUGGUGGUGGAUUCAGGAUGAUGGUGAAGGGCUUGGGAUUCGAGCGAGAAUAA